AUGAGAGUCCAAAUAAAGGAGAACCCAUACAGCUGUGAGACUUGCAACAAGGAUUUCUCACAUAAAAAUAAUACAGUGAUCCAUAUGAGAAUACAUACAAAGGAUAAGACACAGAGCUGUGAGAUAUGCAAUAAAGCCUUUUCACAGAAACAGAAUCUGAUGAGGCAUAUGAGUAUGAAAUUUAGAAAAGGGUUCUCACAGAGUAGUCACAUGUGUACACAUGUAGUAUAUACAAAGGAAAAGCCACAUCUCUGUGAGGUCAUUAGAUGUGCUUUCAGCCAGAGGAUGUCUCAUGGGGAACAUGAGACAGCAUCAAAUAGCAUAUUUUAUUCAGUAGGGAAUACACUUCUUUUAAAUAUUGUUGGAGAAGAUUAA